AUGGUGAAAGUGGUGAUCGGAGAAGAAGCCCAGCUCAAAUUAGCCGAGGCUCGCCUCGAGCAAUCCUCUACCGCCGCCCAGGUGGGGCUCGUCAUCGGCAAGCUCAGCUCUACUCUAGACCGAGGCUUCGUCUUCGAUCUGGUCCCCACUCCUCCCAACGACGCCGGAGCUCCGGCUUGUUCCCUGGUCGAGCCCGACAAGCGGAAGGGGCCCAAGCCCAAAUCUCAGUCCUCUGAUUCCCAGUCGGUUUCUAUUGACAAGGAUUGGGUCGCCGAACAUGCUCGCCAGGUGUCGAGAAUGUUGGUGGGAGGCAUGAAGGUGGUUGGGAUUUACGUUUGGAUUAGCGAAAAUGCAUUCAAGAAUUCAAACAUUGUGCUUUGCCAGACUGUAAUGGGAGUUGCCAAAGCAGCCCCACUUUCUGAAAAUGAUUGGGAUGAGAGACUUCUUAUUCACAUUUGUUAUAGUCCAAGGAGGUGGACAUGUCGGAAUUGUAUGGUAACUUCAAAUAUUACAUCAAGCAGCCUAAGACCUUGUGACUUCAAAAUGGGAAAGGUCCUAACUUCCCUUCAAAGAUUUAGGUGCAUGUACAACUUCGAUAUUAGGUUACCUAUAUCUCACAGUAACUCGUCUAAUGUUCAGACUAUGAGUGAAGCUCUUCGUCAUGAAAUUUCAGUUCAUGCUAAAUAUUUAAAAAGUGCAAAAGCCAUGGUGGAUGGAAAUUUGGUUGUACACAAUGAUGUAAGCACAUCAGAUGGUUUGCGUGAAGUAGAAUUGCUGUUACCAUUUGUGGAAGAUACUGAAGUAUGCAGCCAAAAAGAUGCUCUUGGUGUUCUUGCUUUUAGUGGUUCUGUUAGUUCCUUUGCAUACUUAAACCAUCGAGAAUCAAUUUCACAAGCUGUUGCUGAUAUAAAGGAUGAUAUUAUCAUGAGUCUGCAGAGUAGACUAGAUAUAAUCUGUGAUGAGGCAGAUGGAGAGACAGGUCUAGUAGACACUGGCACCCAGAAAGCUAGAGGUGAUGCUGAUAGCCUGGAAGUAGGAGAUGGGAUGUCUGGUGAAACACCUGUAUCCCAAAUUGUGCUUCAAUCAUUAAGAAAAGCAUGCAGUCUUUCACUUCCUCGUAGAGUUUUUAUUCCUUGGUUGGCUGGUACAUUUGUCUGUGACUACCUACAACCAUCCGAGACAUUUGAGGCUCUAAAAGAUCGUUGCGUGGAGUUGUUAUCUAUGGACGUUCCAACAGAUGCCUCAAAAGUCUUGGAACUAGAGAGAGAAGCGCCCUCUGUAGUCACCAAAUCCUUUUGGGAUGUGGCGGUGCCUCUUUCCACAGCAUCUUUGGAGGGUGGACUUGACACAUCAAGGGGUGAAAUUCGCCAAAAAUCUAUCAACACUACUGAUGUCAAAUUCACAUCGAACAUCGUAGGCGCUGUUCUAUUCCUUAUCACUGCUAUUAUUUUAGGAUACAUUCUUGUAUCUGUCAAGUCAUAGUUCAACGGAGGCCUUGGUUCAAAUUUGAUAUCCUUUUGUCAUACUAUGAAAGUAGUUACUGUGAGGAAAUGAGGUAGCUUUUCAUAAAUAAUAAUGAGGUUAAUCUCUCUUAUUAGAUACUCUGUGAUGAUCAAAGUGUAUUAUUAUGCAAUACCCUUGAAUAUAUAUAUCCGAGUUGAAACCGGAUAUGAGCGUGCUUUGGUUUUCAUGAUCCUAGAUUUGAUAAGAUCCUAAUGAAGGUUUAUCUGGUGC